GAGGAGGAGGAGGUGGAGGAGAGAGAGGAGGAGGAGGAUGAGGAGGAGGAGGAGAGCACUUGAUCAUUGUGAUGGUGGCAGGAGGAGCAGCCGCAGCAGUAGCAGCAGCAGCAGCAGCAGCAGCAAAAGCCAAGCGUUGGGGGUUCUUAUCAGCUCGGCGUGUUUUUUUUUUUUUUUUCAAAGGACUUCACCGAUCUACUUUUGCAAUCACCCCCGGGAUUGUUCAUAUGUUUACUUCCCCCCAACCCGAGGAUUUGAUAUUUAGGUUCCUGUGAAAUGCUACCGAGCAGCCAAAGUACUUUGAGAACACGGGGCGGCAUAAACACCAAAACUUUUUUGUGGAAGGAAAAUGCAAUAAGAAAGCUCGCUGUCUUUUGAUGCUGUGAGUGUGGAGCGAGUGUGUGUAUUGUGUGUCUGCCUGGGGUGCCUUUGCCUGUUUGCGAGUGUGUGUGGUGUGGUGUGUGUAUGUGUAGAUGUGGCUUUUCCCCUCGAAUAUCGGGAGAAAAUGCUUGCCAACCACCGGAAAUCUCCUGGAAUUUAUUAGAAAAUAAUGGAUUAUAAAAAGAAGUGAGGGAAGGAACGGAUCUCCCGCUGAGUUGCAACCCGAUUUGCUACUCUUCAGUUUGUUGAUUGUUUUUAUUGAUAGGUGUCUUGAUGAUACUCUGAUAACACCUUCAAUAUUAUUAUUUUGGGGGGGAGCGUUACACUUUAAAAAAAAAAAAGGAAACAACAGCAACAACAGCCCCCCCCCCAAGUAUUCUCCCCUUCUCCCCCUCUCCUGCUCAGAAUCGGUGUCUCCAUCCAUGUGCUUGUUUGCUCCCCCGCGUUCCACUUAAAACUAUUUUAAUCCUGGACCCAAGGAGGAGGCUGAUAGGGGGGUGGAUACAAAAAGUUCUUCCAAAAUAGUGUGCACGGGGAGCAGGAUGGGGGAUUUCGCAGCCCCCGCUGCUGCCACCGCGAAUGGCAGUAGUAUUUGCAUCAACAGUAACCUGAACAGCAGCCUCGGUGGGGCCGGUAUCGGUGUGAAUAAUACUCCCAAUAAUACUCCCGCUGCACCGAGUAACAAUCACCAUGCUGGCGGCGGCGGCGGCGGCGGCGGCGGUGGCGGUGGCGGCGGCGGCGGCGGCCCCGGGGGCAGCGGCGGCGGCCCGGGGAGCGUCCCCAAGCACAGCACCGUGGUGGAGCGGCUGAGGCAGCGCAUCGAAGGCUGCAGGCGGCACCAUGUCAACUGUGAGAACAGGUACCAGCAAGCCCAGGCGGAGCAGCUGGAGCUGGAGCGCAGGGACACGGUGAGCCUCUAUCAGAGGACCCUGGAGCAAAGGGCCAAAAAAUCGGGCGGCGGGGGCGGCGGCGGAGGCAGCAAACAGCCCCCGCAGCACUCGAGCAAACAGCAGCAAGAUGCAGAGUCUGCCACAGCGGAGCAAAGAAAUCACACUCUGAUCAUGCUACAAGAGACUGUGAAAAGGAAGUUGGAAGGAGCCCGGUCCCCCCUUAAUGGAGAGCAGCAGAAUGGCGCGUGCGAUGGGAACUUUUCCCCAACAAGCAAGAGGAUCCGGAAGGACAUUCCUGCAGCAAUGGACACUAUUAGUAAUCUGCCCAACAAUAUGCCUUUGCCUUCUGCUUCUCCUCUUCACCAGCUGGACAUGAAGCCUUCUUUACCCUUGCCCAACAGUGGAGCUCAUGCUCCAGGGAUCAUAGAAGAGUUGGGUAAGAAUGGCAGGCUGCCAGAAAUUAAACUUUCCAUGAAUGGUUGCAGUGACCUUGAGGAUAGCUUUGCCAUCCUACAAAACAAGGAACUCAAACAAGAACCACUGGAUGACCCCACCUGCAUAGACACUUCGGAAACGUCACUUUCCAAUCAGAACAAGUUGUUCUCAGACAUUAACCUCAAUGAUCAAGAGUGGCAGGAGUUAAUAGAUGAGCUGGCCAACACCGUCCCUGAAGAUGACAUACAGGACUUAUUCAAUGAAGACUUUGAAGAGAAGAAAGAACCAGAAUUCUCUCGGCCGACCACAGAGACACCUCUCUCUCAAGAGAGCGUGAGUGUAAAGAGUGAUCCUUCUCACUCUCCAUUUGCCCAUGUCCCCAUGGGAUCUCCCCAAGGGAGACCAUCAUCUUCUGGUCCGCCAUUUUCCAAUGUCUCCACAGCUAGUAGCAUCCCUUCUGUUUCCAGUACUCCUGCGGCACCAAAUCCUGCCAGCUCACCAGCAAACUGUGCUGUCCAGUCCCCCCAAACUCCCAACCAAGCUCACACUCCCGGCCAAGCUUCAUCGAGGCCAGGAAAUGGCUAUCUCAUGACUCCAGCGGCAGGAAAUGUGACCAGUUCAGGUCCCGGUCCUGUGGCGGUUUCCAGUGCGGAUUUAUCUCCUGCAGAACAGCUCAAACAAAUGGCUGCCCAGCAGCAGCAAAGAGCUAAACUUAUCCAGCAGAAGCAGCAGCAGCAGCAACAGCAGCAGCAGCCCCAGCCACAGCAUCCAAGUCAGACUUCGAGUUGGUCCCCAGUGGGGCCCCCAUCCAGUCCCUAUGGAGGAGCCUUCAAUGCAGACAAACCAAAUAGCCCGAUGAUGUACCCCCAAGCCUUUAACAACCAAAACCCCAUAGUGCCUGCCAUGGCAAACAACCUGCAGAAGACGACCAUGAAUAACUACCUCCCCCAGAACCACAUGAAUAUGAUCAAUCAGCAGCCAAAUAACUUGGGUACAAACUCUUUAAACAAGCAGCCCAGUAUGCUCACUUAUGGAAACACGAAGCCCCUGACCCACUUCAACGCAGAGCUGAGUCAGAGGAUGACACCCCCCAUGGCCAAUCCCAACAAAAACCCGAUGAUGCCGUACAUUCAGCAGCAGCAGCCACCGCCGCAGCAGCAGCCUUUGCCGCAGCAAGCGCCCCAGCAGCAGCCGGCGCCGCCACCGCAGUCCCAGCCCCAGCUGCAGGCUCAGAUGGCACACUUGAAUGAGGAGCAGAAGCGCAUGCUUCUCAUGAAGCAGAAAGGAGUGAUGAAUCAGCCCAUGACCUAUGCGCCUCUUCCUUCCCAUGGCCAGGAUCAGCACCCAGUAGGCCUCUCUCGGACCACGGGCCCUAUUCAGUCUUCGGUGGCCCCAGGUUCUGGCAGCAUGGUUACUGGCGCCAACCCUGGGGGUCCCAGCUUCUUGGCCACACAGCCCCAGGCAGCCAUCAUGAAGCAGAUGCUCAUUGAUCAAAGGGCACAGUUAAUGGAACAGCAGAAGCAGCAGUUUCUGAGAGAGCAAAGACAGCAACAGCAACAGCAGAUUCUUGCUGAACAGCAGUUACAGCAGUCUCAUAUGCCCCGGCAGCAUCUCCAGCAGCGGACUCCUUAUUCAGUACAGCAGGUCAAUCAGUUUCAAGGUUCUCCCCAGGAGAUGGCGGCCGUGAGGAACCAGGCAGCUCUCCAGAACAUGAGAGCUUCCCGGAUGAUGGCCCAGAGUGCCGGCAUGAUGGGAAUGGGACCUUCCCAGAACCCCGGGGCCAUGCCCUCUGCAGCAGCUCAGUCCGAGCUCGGAAUGGCCCCUUACAGCAACCCCCCCACCAGCCAACCAGGAAUGUACAACAUGAGCGCAGGGAUGAGCCAGAUGCUCCAGCACCCGAACCAAAGUGCCCUGGGCAUGAGCCACGGCCAGGCCCAAGGCCCGAGGCAGCCGGCAGCCGCCCAAGGAGUCGGCAUGGUGAGUGGGUUCAGUCAGAGCAUGCUGGUGAACUCGAGCAUCCCCCAACAGCAUCAACAGAUGAAGGGACCCGUGGGGCAGGCCCUGCCCAGGCCCCAAGGCCCUCCGAGACUUCAGAGCAUCAUGGGGACUGUCCAGCAAGGAGCACAAAACUGGCAGCAGAGGAGCUUGCAGGGAAUGCCCGGGAGGACUAGUGGAGAUCUGGGUCCAUUCAACAAUGGAACCACAUACCCCAUGCAGGCUGGACAGCCUCGGCUGACCAAGCAACAUUUCCCGCAGGGAAUGAGCCAGUCGGUUGUGGACACCACUGGCGCCGUGAGAGCUCUCAACCCGACCGCCAUGGGUCGGCAGAUGAUGUCAUCCCUCCCCGGGCAGCAAGGGAACGCCCAAACGAGGCAGAUGGUCAUGCCGGGCAUGGGCCAGGGGGUCCCCGGCAUGCCGGGGUUCAGCCAGCCUCCCGGGCAGCCACCGAUGCAGAGCGGCAGCUUUGCCCCCAGCAGCCAGGGCCAGGCUUAUGAUCGGAAUCCAGCCCAGGAUCUCCCUUAUAAUUACAGCAGCGAAGGAGCUGGGGGCUCUUUCCCCAGCCUAGCAGAAGGCGCUGACCUGGUGGACUCCAUCAUCAAAGGAGGGCCUGGGGACGAAUGGAUGCAAGAGCUUGAUGAGCUAUUUGGCAAUCCCUAAUCACAGGGGACCCUGAGAGCCAAAACUCCAGAGGUUAAAGUUUAAAAAGAAAAAAAAAAAAAAAAAA